GUGAGUGGAAGAUGACGUGGUGAAGUCAGUUAGCAUGGAGGCUAGGUGAACAGCUCCACUCUCAAACACAACGUUCGGAAAAGAUGGGAAAUUAUGGAGGUGUCUGUGGACCGGAGGACGUUCAAGCGCUGGUGGAAUGAUGGCUGUUAGUUUGUGUUAGUUGGACUUUUCCAGAAGAGUAACAGAUGAGUGAUGAGUCCCGCGUGUCCUGCCUGUGAAGCCCCUCAGUGUUAUAAAGCGUUGGUGGUUUGAGAGACGUCAGAGAUUGGUUUGUCUUAUCUGUGCGCGUCACGAUGUUCACCAAGCUGAAGAAGAAGAUCGCAGAGGAGGCGGCGACGGCCACGCCACGCCCCAGACGCCUGCCCCGCUCCUACAGCAAAGAGUCCAUCACUUCAGUGGGAGCCGACUCAGGAGACGACUUUGCGUCAGAUGGCAGCAGCUCCAGAGACGAUCUCCCCUCUCAGAUCCUUCGCCGGAACGAUCAGAUCCGAAAACUGGAGGCCAAACUGUCAGACUACGCUGAACAGCUUCGGCUAAUGCAGAAGACGAAGGAGAAGCUUGAGAUUGCAUUAGAGAAGCAUCAGGAUUCGUCGAUGCGGAAGCUGCAGGAGCAGAACGAAAACUUCCAGUCCAACAGAGCCAAGAUGGCAGAGGGCAUGGCCUUGGCACUGGAGAAAAAGGAUCAGGAGUGGAUGGAGAAGAUGGCCACGUUGGAGAAGGAGAAGUCCUCAUUAGCUGCCCGUCUGGAUCAGAGUCUGAGUCUCUUCCAGAAGAGAGACGAGCAGGACGAGCUCGAGGGCUUCCAAAUGCAGGAACUGGCCAAAGUCAAGCACAUGCUGUUGCGUAAGGAGGAGCAGCUGAGUCAGAGGGAGCGAGAGCUGAAGCUGAGAGGAGAGGAGCUGAACUCGGCCCGUGUCGCACUCGCUCACACUCAGGAUAAACUGUACGAGCUCGCCGAGGAGCACGAGGAAACCUGCAGCAUCAACGCGCAGCUACAAGCUCACAGAGACAAGCUGCUGAGUGAGAAGGAGGAGGCUGAGAGGAGGAUCACCGAUCUGGAGGCCAGAGAAGAAGAGCUGCAGCAGCUCAUCCGACAAGUCUCCGAGGAUUUCCAGAAGGCUCAGAGUGACGUGAGAUCUUUACGGAAGUCCAUGGCGUCUCUACAGUCUGAGCACGACGAGCUGAAACUGCAGUACGAGCAGCACAAGGGCAAGGCUGCCGUGACGGAGGAGGAGCGAGAGCGGCUGUUGGCUGAUCUUCAGGAGAAGGCGCUUUCUCUGGAGCGCAGGCUGGAGGCCAACUUGUCUCAGGACGAACAUCUACAGGAGCUGCUCAAGGAGAAAUCGUUAUUAGAGCAGAGGUUGGAGGAGGCCAGAGGAGAGCUCCUGGAGGAACGAACCAAUCACACAACAGCUGUGAGCUCACUAGAGGCACAGAUUUCCAGGUUGAACACUAACGUAUCUGAGCUCCAGACGCUUCUGAGACACAAAGACGACUCGUCCAGGUCGUACAGAGAGAGGACGGACGCACAGAUAGCUGAUCUGGAGCAGAGGUUGAGCGACUCCGCUGAGAGACUGAGGACUUUGGAGGAGCAGCUGGAGGAGAAAGAGAGACACAGAGAAAAACUGCAGGCGGAGUGGGCGGAGGAAAGGGAGAGGCUACAGCAGCAGGUCUCCACACAGAGGCAGAGAGGACUGGAGAAAACGGCCAAGCUGGAAGAGGAGAUCCUCGCAUUGCAGAGAGAGAGGGAGGCGGAGACCAGCUCGCAUCAGGACAACGUGAGGUUACUAGAGGAGCAGAAAGCCACCCUGAUGAAGGACAGAACUGACAUGGAGAACACGGUGGAGAAGCUCAGCUUAGAACUCGAGAACUCCAAAGCGGAGUUGAGCAGCAGACAGACGGUGAGCGUGGAGAUCGCUAAAGCUCUGGAAGAAACCCGGAAGCAGAGAGAGGAGCUCCAACAGCAGGUCAGCAAGAUGUCGGAGUCUGCGCAGAGGGCAGAGCAGGAGGUGUGUCUGCUUUCUGAGCAGGUGGGCGUGAAGGAGGCGGAGUUAAGCAGUCUAAGGGAAGAGCUGCAGGCGGUCCGCUCUGAUCUCUCCUCGCUGCAGGCGGAAUGUGAGAUGCUGCGUAUGGAGGCCGAGGAAAAAGACACUCAGAUCGAAUCCCUGCGCCAAGAGAUCAUCAUACACACUCAGCAAGCUGACGCACAUCAGUCUAAGGAGUGUGAGGUGCAGGGUGAGGUAGAAAGCAUCGCGACGCAGCUCCAGGAUGUGGAGGUGUGUGUGAGUGAACAGAACGGGAGCGUCACCGUGGCUGAUGUGGACGAGCUGCAGAAAGCUAACAAAGAGUUAGAACAACAACUUAGUGAGAAAAACAAGACGAUAAAACAGCUGCAGCAGAGAAUGACUGAGCUGAAGAGGACACUACAGAAAGAGCUGAAACUGAAGCCGGACGCUGAGGCAGAGAGUAAGGAGAAGCUCCAGGAAGGGAAGCCCAGCUCUGAGGCUCCAGUCCCAGCUGCUGCUCUGACUCCAGCGCCUGGCUCCAGUCAGGGCCCAGGCCUCGUACCGCACUCGUCCCAGACGAAGGUGACGAACAACUCGGACCUGACGGACACGCGGGAGAUCAACUUCGAGUACCUCAAACACGUCGUACUCAAGUUCAUGUCCUCGAGAGAGGCGGAGGCGUACCAGCUGAUCAGAGCCGUCUCCGUGCUGCUGCAUUUCACACGUGAAGAAGAAGACAUGCUCAAGCAGACGCUCGAGUACAAGAUGUCGUGGUUCGGCUCCAAGCCCACACCCAAAGGCAUCGUCCGGCCCUCCAUCUCAGGAACCGCAAACAGCUGGAUGUGAGAGGAAGAGAGAGCGAGAGAGACAGAGUGUGGAGUGAUGUGACAUGAUGUAGGCUCAAAAAAUAAAUAUUAAAAAUAAUAAUUGUUCCAGGCGUUCAUGAAGUGGAGGGACGUUCCGCAUGUUGGUCGUCUCUCCGAAAACGGAUCGUUCGUCCUCUUAUGGGGUUCUUUGAGGUUUUGGAUCAACCAGCUUCAUGGCUUUUUAAAUCUUUGGAGUCUUUCCUUUGAAGAGUUGCGGUAAAGUAGCUACGUCUAGCUACAUGGGGAUUGUAAAAAAAAAAAGAAGAAAAAUCUGAUUGUUUUUGCUUUUUUUUUUCCCUGAAGAGCAAAACGUUUGCACGAUUAACUUCAUAAUCAGAACAGAACAUUACUCGAACGCUUUCUAAUGAAGAGAUGCGUGCAUGGACUCUGACGCCGAAGAAGCAUCUUCCCUUUACCUGCCCUGUGUGUGUGUGUGUGUGUGUGUGUGU